AUGGGUUGGGUGCUGGCAGAGCCGAGCCGAGCUACGAGAGCAGUGACGCAGUGCCGAAGGUUAAGUUCGAAGUGCGUGGGUAGCAGGGGUGACAGCUCGGAGGAGGAGCGGCAUUCACACGCCAUGAUGGUCAGUGGCGGACUUACGUGCUGUGCCGACACUGAGAGCGAGUUGCGGGAGAUCAGCAGCUACUGCAACAGGAAAACUCAAGCGCUGGCGCACAGUUGUCUUGUGCCUGCCUGUCGCCUCAUAAGCUGUAGUGGUCAGCAGCAGCAGCAGCAGCAGCGCCUACCCUCGCUUGUCGCGGAGGCGACAUCGAUCUUGUUAUCGAAUUCUCUGAUUCUGUCUCUCGGCAACUGCAGUGCAUUUGCCUGUUUCGAGUUUGUCCAACAGCAGUGGUCAUUGUCGUUGACAGAGUUACAAAAAAGCUGCUGCGCCCGUAGCUUCAUCCGAGCUCGGGGCCUGUCGGUGUUUAUCUGCUCUACCUUCUUUGAAGCUCUAAUUAGCACUGCGCGCCCAGAAAGUUCGCUCAAGUCUUCUGGCUGCUAA